AUGUCCCCGGGUCACGGACCUUAUUUUCUGAGAGACUUCCUUUAUGAAGCUCCGCCCUGCGUGAGGCCAUUUUACUACACCCAGCCGAGUCUCUCACUAACCGGUUGGCCUGCAUAUGACGUCACACGAAAGGAGACGCUCGUCCACAUUCAGCCGCUGUUGAUUCGGACCACGCUCUGCGCUCUGCGCAGCAUGCCACCGAAGAAGAAGACGUCGCAGGGUGAAGCUGCCGAGGAUCCUGGGAGGCGGAGCCCGGCGGAGGGGGAGGGGCUUGUGGUCAGUGAGGGGGAACGGCGGCUCCGCGGGGAGCACGAGCGUCUGAUGAGCGAACACGACGGGCUGAGGAAACGCCUGGAGCAGCUGCGCAGAGACAACGAGUUCCUGCAGGAGGAAGCCGAGACGGUGCGCAGGGAGAGUCAGGAAUACCUCCUGUACAUGGGGAGGCGGAGCCAGCGGCGGCAGGACGCCAUCAUCAGCCUCAACGACCAGAACACGCGAGAGCUGGAGGACCUCAGGAGGCAGAAGGAGGAGCUGGAGGCCGUCCUCGGGGGGGAGGAGGAGACUCUGAGAGGACAACUCCUCCAGCGGGAGGCGGAGCUAGCCGCCCUGAGGAGAGAGCUGAAGGAGGCGGAGCCCAUGAAGGAGGUUCAGAGGGAGCAGAUGUCCCUCAUCAGGAGGCUGGAGGCCGAGGUCAUGACCUCCCGGGGGAAACACGCCCACUCCCUGCUCAGGGUGAAGAGCGCCUUCCUGCGCCACAAGGUGGCGUGUCAGCAGGACUCCGAGCGUCACCUUACCCAGCUCUCCCUGAGGGCCCACGAGGAGGCCCGGAGCGCCCUGCACGGGGUGAGCCGGAGGGUGAAGGAGGAGAACCGGAACCUGAGGGAGGAGCUUCUGCCACUCAUCAACCAAUACCGGGGCCUCCAGAACCAGAAGAAGAAGCUGAUGGAGCAGAAGAAGGAACUGCAGAGAGAAGAGCGGUGCCAGAGCGAGGUCCGGAGCGCCCAGCGGAGGCUCAACACCUCCCCCCCAUAG